GGAAGUUGCUCGCUCGCGGCAAAAUACUACGUUCAGCACGCGCAUCGCAUUUCUUCACGAUCGGCCCGCAUUUGCGAGAAGCUAUAUAUCCAGGACCAACUCCCCCUGUCUUCACACAGCUCGACUUAUGUCUCUAUUCGUUAAACCCGAGCGCUCCAUCCUUGGUUACUCUAUCCCAGAUUGUUUCGCUGAUAACUUACCGUGAAUCACUUUCGGGAAGCUUGAGGCAAGCUUGAGUCAAGCUUGAGCGAAGGUUUCAGGUCGGAGCUCGCUCGGAGCGAACUUCGCUACCCGUGAAGGCGUUCAGGCCGAUGGCCAUUGCCGAAUAUCACCCUCACAUCUCACGGCGUCCCAUCUCCAUUACUACUUUCGCGCUGAGCGCUCACGCUAUCUCAGCAUGUCUCGUUCUCCUGCUCCUCUACUGUUCACCAACGACAGCUCUCAAGCCCAUAUCGAGGCCGCUUAUAACGAGGCUGUCUGAUGCUCGCCACGGACGAGUUUCCGCGCGGACGGCUGCCGCUGCGCGGCGGGCGGAGAAAACAUCCGCGGCAAAAGCAGCCGCGGAAGAAGCAUCCGCGCAGCGAGCAGCGGAAGCAGCGUCAGUCGGCGGAACCAUCCGCCGCGUUGACAGCAUGUCAACGGGAUUAGGGCUAAGCGGCUCAUCUUCAGCCUCAGCGCAAACUUCGGUGGCGAACACGGCGGCUCUUACGGCGAUCUUCACGGCGGCGCAGCUGCCUAUUCCGCCAAACAAGCCGAACGCGUGCACGUGGCCCGGCGUGACAUGCGCCGUGGACGGCGCUGUUAUAGGGCUUAACCUCACGAGCAGCGUCAGCCGGCUCUUGCUGCCGCGGACGCCUCGCCUUUGCAACAGUACCGCGCGCGAACGAGGCGGAAAAUUCCCCGCGACACUCUCCGCUUCUAUCGGCCAGUUGACGGAUCUUAUCGACCUCCGAGCUGCGAACCUCUGGCUCGCUGGUUCCGUCCCGCAGUCGCUUUCCCGGCUUACGAAACUUCAAUCACUCGACCUCCAAGACAACUGCUUCGCUGGCCCUCUUCCCUUCGCCUUUUUUCGCCUGCCGUAUCUUUUCACCCUGCGGACGUCGCGAAAUUUCUUCUCCGGCGGGCUACCACAGCGCCCUGUCGCGUACGCCACGAUGACUUCGUUAGCAGUUCUGGACCUCGGGAUAAAUUUGCUUUCUGGGCCGAUUCCUGCUGCCCUCGCGACAUUACCGAUGCUGUGGGUGUUACUUUUGAACUCGAAUGGGUUUUCAGGAGAAAUUCCGCCUGCCCUGCUGGGAAAACAAAUGUCGGCGCUUGUUUUGGAUCAGAACCGGCUUUCAGGAGACCUCAGCGGGCAGCAGAUAAAAGCUUCUUUCAUUGGAUUCAGUGGGAACAGGCUGGCCGGAAAUUUUAACCAGAUCCGGUUCAGCGAAUCCGUGAGCUUCAUCGACGUUUCGGAUAAUAUUUUCUCGGGCACCUUUCCGCAACUCUUGUGCAGCAGUUCGGGCAGCCUUGAAAGCGCUGAUUUCUCGCGUAAUCGCCUGACCGGAGCCGUUCCAGCAAAUUGUUUCAAGCCUGCAAAUAGGGUGCUCCUGGCCCUAUUCUUGAGCCGCAACAACUUCUCGGGCAGCUUGCAGCCUUUUUCCAGCCUGCCCAAGAGCAUCGUGGCUGUGGACCUGGCAUUCAACAAGUUCACAGGGAUAAUUCCCCAAGGCCUCACCACGUUACCCCAGUUAAAUAACUUGAACCUCGGAGCCAACUCCCUGACAGGCCCCAUCCCCCCCUUCUGCCAGGGCCAGCAGGCCCUUGUCUCCCUCAACCUUGCUUCCAACGCCCUCUCCGGCCCGCCCACCCCUCUCGCCUCCCCCACCUGCGCCCCCUCCCUCGACGCCCUCUACCUCUCCUCUAACCGACUCUCCGGCUCCAUCCCUGCUACAAUCAGCUCCUUUAAAAGCCUCAAAUGGCUGCUUCUAGACAGAAACGCCCUCACAGGGGCGAUCCCGGCUGGGGUGAGCGGCAUGCAGCAGCUGAAGGGACUGGGCGUGUCGUAUAACCGGCUGUCGGGUCCCAUUCCUGCGGUUUGGCCACGGACUAUGGGCCAGGUGCUGCUGGCAGGGAACCAGCUGUCAGGGGCUGUUCCCGCUGCUCUUAGCAAGCUGAAACGGGCUUCCUUCAAACCAGGAAACCCUAAUCUAUGCGGGACUCCACUACCCGCUUGCUCAUAGGAUCAACCCCAUGCAAAUCGCCAUGGUUCGUGUGUUAUGGUAUGCGAUAAAGGAAUGUGUUUGCUGUACAACGUAGUUAACGAGGUGCAUUCAUGUGACUUGGUCGGGAGUCGGGACGGUAACCACCGGCCAGGUGCUGCUGGCAGAGAAGCAGCUGUCGGGUUGUUUUGGGUGCACUGAGCGAGCUGAAGGCUCUUAGAAACCACCAUCCCAAAUGACGCAAAUUUACCUGUUCCUUCAUAAUCUUGGUUGGGAAUCCCCAGCAGUGUGUCAACAUGUAUCUGUAUAUGUUAUAGGCUAGAUAGGUGCAUGCUCAUGAGGACAAAACCACCCUGUAUCACUCAUU